AACUGCAUAACUUCGAGAACUUGUCGGCGAUCUUUUCGUAGUCGCCGGGUCCGAAGUGUCCGGGCGUCCCGAGCUCCUGAGGUUUUUAGUUGUGUUGUGUCGUUCUUUCAAACAUUUUGGGGUGUGUUAACCUGUAGCGUGUGCGAAUUGCGUGCUCAAUACCUACUCCAUCUCGAACUGUAUGACAGUAUUUUCUACAGUUGGUAACAUUUCGCGUUCGGUAUACUCACUUAUUUCGCUAAAACACUUGCACGUCGGAAUAAAUUAAAAUAUUAUUUAAAAAACACAAAUGGUACAGUAGGCAAUUGUGUUGAAAAUAAAAAGUAAUAGAAAGUGAUCAAAACUAUUUGAAAAUGUGCACGUCGCAAUUGUGAAUAUUUCUUUGGGAUUACUCGAAUUGAACCGCUGUUUUUAUGUAAAAAACGGUAAAUGUGCCAUGGCCGUCGUUGGAAUGGCCUGGCAUGGCCUCCUGCUACUUUUGUACGGCUUCUGUAUAUCGGGUACAAUGCCCAAGGGAUUAGAAUUGAUCCGCUACGAAACAGCAUACGCCUGUGAGGGUAAAACGUUGAAAAUUGAAUGCCGAUCAGGAGAAUCGAUAAAAUUAAUUCGCGCAAAUUACGGUAGAUUUUCAAUAACUAUUUGCAACGAUCAUGGAAACACCGAUUGGAGUGUUAACUGCAUGUCUCCAAAAACUCUCCGAGUCCUUCACAAUCGGUGUAGCCAAGUUCAGAACUGCAGCAUCCUGGCAAGCACCAAUAUGUUUGGUGACCCUUGCCCCGGAACACUCAAAUAUCUCGAAGCGCAUUUUCAGUGUAUGCCCGCUUCCACAACAACAACUACAAAUAGGCCCAGUCCGCCUUGGUUAAUAACUUCUCAACCUCCUGUAUGGAGUACAGUAAAACCAACGGCCAGGCCUCCACCGCCUCCUCCAAAAGUUUCAGUAACAAACCCUCCCAAGUCCCAUACGACUCUCAGUACUACCGUAGAAGUAAAUUCUUCAUCUUUAAGUCAAGCUCCGGACAUAAUUAACGAAGAGAAUUCGUCAACCAAAUCGAAAACAGUUCAUCCUCCAGAACAACAAUCUGAAGGUGUUACUGUUAGUUUUACAACCCUUAGUCCUAAGUCAAGUAGUAUUGUAAAUAACAUUCCAAACGAGUAUAUGCCAUCUCCAAGUGUAUUUACCCCUAAUCUUAAAGAAAUAGAUCGGUAUAAUUAUUGUAGUCCUGUAACGUUAAGGAGUAUAUUUUGGAAUUGGACAAGGAUUGGAGACGUUAGUAUUCAACCUUGUCCUGGAGGAACCACUGGGUUUGCUAGGUGGAGAUGUAAAAUAAUUGGUUCGGAACCCACGUGGUUACCUCUCACGCCGGAUCUGAGUGAAUGCAGAUCAGUCUGGUUGACUAGUCUAGAACAAAGAGUCCUUGCUGGGAGAGAUCCUUUGACAUCUAUUACAAGCGAUUUAGCUCAAGUAACUAGUAGUAAGACACUCUACGGUGGCGAUAUGAUGAUUACCACGAAAAUUAUCCAGAAUAUGGCACAAAAGAUGUCUGUAGACAUCCAGACAUUUCCAGAUCACAGGCAACGAGAAGCAAUUGUCACUGAAAUGUUAAGUGACGUUGUUAGAACAGGUAGUAAUCUCCUCGAUUCUACACAGCAUCCUUCGUGGAGAGAUCUCAGUUAUCAAGAGCAAAUGCGUGUCGCCACAUCUUUACUUAUUGGCCUAGAAGAAAACGCUUUUCUUCUAGCCGAUACUGUUAUUAGGGAAAAAACCGUUGAUCAAGUUGCCAAAAAUAUAAUGUUGUCUGUAAGAGUCCUCGAAACAAAAAACAUCAGAAGCGAAAAAUUUCCUUCCGAUAAUAGAUGGGCAGCUAGUAACGAUACAAUAGAAAUUCCGCAAGGAGCAUUAUUAGAAAAUAGUGAAGGUGGUUUUGUUCGAUUGGUCUUUGUUGCCUUCGACAGGCUUGAAGAAAUCCUUCAGUGGUUACCUGAUCACGGAGAAUCUAAUUCAAAUAAAAAUCAAACCAAAAUCUUGAAUAGUAAAAUAAUAUCGGCAAGUCUGGGAAAAGGAAGACACAUUCAACUUCACUACUUGGUUCGCUUGACACUCAUGCACAUCCAAGUGCAUAACGUCACCGAUCCAGUCUGUGUUUUCUGGGAUUACACAACAAGUACUUGGUCUGAAGAAGGAUGUCACAUAGAAUCCACAAACUUUACCCAUACCAUCUGCCUUUGUGACCAUUUGACAAACUUCGCUAUUUUGGCCAAUGUGCAGCCCACUUACUAUCCAGUUGGUCAGCAAAUGGCCCUUCAAAUUAUCACUUACAUCGGCUGUAUAAUAGCAAUAAUUUGCUUAGCUAUUACUUUACUCACUUUUCAUUUAUUUCGGGGAAUUAAAAGUGACCGCACGACUAUAUACUUUAAUAUUUGCGUCUGUCUGCUUGUCGUAGAGCUGCUGUUUGUGAUAGGAGUAGGGCAAACUGAUAGUGAACUUGCCUGUCGCAUUAUAGCAGCUUUUCUACAUUAUUUCAUUCUUUGUACGUUUAUUUGGAUGUUUUUUGAAGGGUUCCACUUGUAUAUAAUGUUGAUAGAAGUAUUUGAAUCUCAGAAGUCCAGAUUAUGUUUGUACUAUUUGAUAGCUUACAUACUUUCGCUGUUAAUUGUUAGUAUUACUGGAGCAAUAUUUCCAAAUGGAUAUGGAACAAGCAAUUAUUGCUGGUUACGAAUGGAUGGUUAUUUUAUUUACACGUUUGCUGGACCAAUAAUAAUUAUAGUUGUGCUGAAUCUGAUCUUUUUAAGCAUGGCAAUAAUUAUGAUGUGUCAGCAUGCUAGUGCCUCCGUGUCCAUGAAAAAUAAAGAACAUUCUAAGUUAAGGAGUAUACGAUCGUGGCUACAAGGCGUCGUAAUAUUGGUUUUCCUCGUGUCUUUGACUUGGGUAUUUGGCUUCUUAUACUUAAACAGAGAUUCCAUUAUAAUUACGUAUUUAUUUGCCAGUUUAAAUUCAUUACAAGGCAUCUUUAUAUUAUUGUUUCACUGUAUUCAAAAUGAAAAGGUUCGAAAGGAGUACCGCAAGUUGAUUCGGCGGCACUCAUGGCUGCCAAAGUGCUUGCGUUGCUCUAAGCCUAGCGGUGGGUCAGGGGGUGGCAGCGAGAACAGCCCUUCAGUGGGCAAAGAUCAUCGUCCUGGCGUAUAUGUCGGUUCCAAUGGCAAUCCCGUUUCUAAUUCACAUUCCAUGGACAACUCCGUCCUAUCACCACAUGGAUCAAGUCUUUCUCGCGGUUGGAAUUCUCGAAGUUGCAACAAUAUGAAUCGAGUGGGCAAAUUUCCCGCUCUAGCUUCUACUUCGGCCAAUGUGGCCGCUGCACUUUGCCCUUCGUCGAGAGCUGGAGCAACCACUCCUCCCCCUAUAUUUGAACCUCCUAACACGUCUACUCUUCCAUAUAUCCGUAACUUUUACAAAUGUUCCACUCAAAAUCCUAAUCUACCGAAAUCCACUUCCACCUGGGGCCCUCUUAAUAAACAUUUGCAAUGGAAGAGCAUUUCUUUUAAGUCCUGUAGUCGAGAUUCAGGUCAUGGCGGAUCCGAACAAGAAAAUUCACCCAGAUCUCAUACAGCAGUGGCAGACAUACGUCUUAAUAACACCAAAGAAGUAUGCCGUCAGACAUUUAUUCCAAACGAUUUCGAACAUGGUAUUAGCAACAAUUCACAAAAUGAAGAACUAGUUAAAUUGUCGCAGCAUGGAGAACGGGUUACUCUACCAAAGCAAAAUCAGAUACCAAACACCUUACAGCCGGUGGGCUUACGAAAAAAAAAUGGUACUUUUCUCAGGGCAACUAGUCCUUGGAAUCAUACUUAUACAGAAAUACAUGAUUGCAGACUACAGAGAGGAGGCUUAAUGCCCGAAGAUGAUCCUGUUUAUGAGGAGAUUGAAAAGAAUGAGAUGCAAGUAUCUGAUAUGAGCGAUGAAGAUGGAAAACGUCAAAGCGAUAUGAGUCGCCAAUCUUCACGAUCUUAUGGUGAUCACCGUCCUUUAAUUCCUUAUAGCCCUGCUAAUGAUCGAAGUAUCCAUUCCUGUUUUCAAGAAGAAAUGUCUAAACAUCGUUCAAAGGAUCACACUCGUUAUGCCACUGACGUUGAUCAUUACAGAACGAGAGGUCAUAGUUUACACAAAGGAGAUACGGUACGUUCUCUUGCUGCUGUCCUCGAUGGAGAGACUGUUGUUUGCCACUUGGAACCGCCUGAAUCUUAUCAAUACGAUCCGUUUGUGUCCAGAACUCUAGUUUUGCCUCAGUAUAGCGAGAGUUAGAAAACUGCCAUUUUCAAGUGUAUAUCUGUGAUUACGACAUGAUCAUUUACUGCGAUCAUACUAGUUAAGAACAUUAGUAUUAGUUUAUGUCAGUGAAUGCAAGUGAUAAUUUUUGUAAUAGUGAAUUAUUUUAAUGUUGUAAAUGUUUUCGUGAACAUAAAGUCAUUCGUUUAUUGGCCCAUUGAAUGGUCCGAUAUUAUCUGAUCUUUGGCAGUUACUUUUAUAUUUAUUUAUAAAGCUACAUUAUUUAUGUGGUGUUUGACUGAUAAACAAUAUUUUUUUUGCAAGUUAAUUAUUCUUAUUAUUCCGACAACAGCUGUAAAUAAUGUAUAGGGUUUUGUACAUGUUAAUUACUUAAUUAUUUAGUCCUUCAAUUCAUUGUUGUUGCUAUGCAAAUUUCACAUAGCAAAUUUCAACAAUACUUGAUAAUUGAUCACAUAAGUCUGACCAAUAAAAUAAUGAUUUACU